UGGUGUCGUGGUGUGCCAGCAGGGCAGAGCAGCUGGGGGCCAGGCGGCUGUGUGCCCGGAGUGUGCCGAGUGCCGUGAGAGUGCCCGGUCUGUGCACACUGGCUGCCUCAGGCUGCCCCAGGGCCUGGUCUUGGGCAACGCUGGCACUGCGUCACUCAGGCUGUCCCCACCGUGCCCCUCGUGUGGCUGUACUGCUCGCUGCCUGUGCUGACCACACCAGUCCCUCAAACCCGCCUUUGCUGGUGGUGCUGGGACCAUGGGCACCAAAGGCCCACCUCCCUCCUGGGCCCCGAAGACCUGCCUGAUGCUGUCUGCACAGUGGCCACCGAGGGACGUUCAUCUCCUCUUGGGGCUGAAUGUACUGAUGGCUCAGGGCCCAGCUCUGUUCCUGCUGCGCCCCACUCCCAGGGCCCCUGCCUGGGUCUCAGUCCCAGCGUGUCCCUCUGGGGGCAGUAGAUCCUCUGGUUCAGGGUUUGUGUCCUGGGGUGUGUCUGGACCUGGCACUGUGGGGUCCUGGUGGGCCAUGUGGGGUCCCACCCAUGAGCUACUCCUAGUGGGUCACAUGGAUAUGGGGUCCACACACAGGCAGUGCCUCCAAUGUCCCAUGAACCUGACCCCUGACACCCAGGAGAGAGAAGAGAUUAGGUGUGGUGGUCUCAGAGGGGCCGUCGGGCCGGGCCAGCGCCAAGAUGAGCGUCACAUCCUGGUUCCUGGUGAGCAGCAGCGGUGCCCGCCACCGGCUCCCGCGCGAGCUCAUCUUCGUGGGGCGUGAGGAGUGCGAGCUGAUGCUGCAGUCCCGCAGUGUGGACAAGCAGCAUGCUGUCAUCAACUACGACCAGGACAGGGACGAGCACUGGGUGAAGGACCUGGGCAGCCUCAACGGGACAUUUGUGAAUGACAUGCGCAUCCCGGACCAGAAGUAUGUCACACUGAAACUCAAUGAUGUCAUCCGCUUCGGCUAUGAUUCCAACAUGUAUGUGCUGGAGCGUGUACAGCACCGUGUCCCUGAGGAGGCGCUCAAGCACGAGAAGUACACCAGCCAGCUGCAGGUGAGCCUCAAGGGCUCGGCGUCCACGAGGGGCGAGGCGCUGCCCGAGCACACGCCCUACUGCGAGUCCCUGAACCCCAGGCCAGACAAGGGGGACCGGAGACCAGCAGCAGACGCAGCAGCUUACCGCACGCCCCUGUACGGGCAGCCGUCCUGGUGGGGCGAGGACGAUGGCAGCACCCCGCCUGGGGACCCGCGCCAGGAGGAGCCCUGCCCAGAACGUCCCAAGGAGCCGGCACAGCAGGACGGGGAGCUGGACGGGCUCCGCGCCCCCGUGGAGCCCCAGGGCUACUCGUUCAGGCGGGAGUCCAGCUACUUCGAGAUUCCCAUGCAGGGGGCCCCACAGCCCCCCGCGGUGCCGGUACACGAGGCGCCCACUAAGGACGUGGAGGCGGGUGCGGGCGGGACGGCCCCCGUGGUGCAGAGCCACGCCUCCUUCACCAUCGAGUUUGACGACUGCAGCCCCGGCAAGGUGAAGAUCAAAGACCACAUCACCAAGUUCUCCCUGCGCCAGCGGCGGCCCGUGGGCAGGGAGGCCACGCCUGUCGAGGUGGUCUCGGCUGAGACCAAGGUGGCCGACUGGCUGGUGCAGAAUGACCCGAGCUUGCUGCGCCGGGCAGGCCCAGGGGAUGACCGCCACAGCACCAAGAGCGACCUGCCCAUCCACACCCGCACCCUGAAGGGCCACAAGCACGAGGACGGCACGCAGAGCGACUCAGAGGACCCCCUGGCCAAGGCAGCCGUGGCAGCUGGGGCGCCCUCGGAGUCUGGCGGGGAACAGGUGCGGCUGCAGAGGCAGAUCAAACGGGACCCCCAGGAGCUGCUGCACAACCAGCAGGCCUUCGUCAUCGAGUUCUUCGACGAGGACACGCCCCGCAAGAAGCGCUCCCAGUCCUUCACGCACGCCCCACCCGGGGACCCCAAGGCCGACAAGCGCCGGGGCCCUGGGCCCGCCGACAGGGACCGCACGGGCACUCCCGCCCCAGCCCGGGCAGCAGGCGGUAGCGCAGGCCCGCAGAGGGCCAGCUCGCUCAAACGGGAGAAGACGGAGGAGCGGCUGGCCAGCCCCUCGCCCGCCGCCCGGGCGCCUGCCCGCCCCUUCGGCAGCGUGGGGCGCCGCUCUCGCCUGGCCCAGGAUUUCAUGGCCCAGUGUGCCCGGGAGAGCUCCCCGGCCGCCCGGCCCAGCCCUGAGAAGGCGCCUCCAGCACCACCCGCCCCGCUGACGCCCCGCGGUGCCAGCCCCGUGGCCCCUUCAACCCCACCGCCCCCCGCCGCCGACCCCCAGCUGACCAAGGCACGCAAACAGGAGGAGGACGACAGCCUCAGUGACGCGGGGACCUACACCAUCGAGACAGAGGCGCAGGACAAGGAGGUGGAGGAGGCCCGGAAGAUGAUCGACCAGGUCUUUGGGGUACUGGAGUCCCCCGAACUCUGCAGGGCAUCUUCGGCCACCUUCCGCCCAGUCAUCAGAGGGGACAGAGAUGAGUCUGGCGACGGGGCGGUGGCCCAGCGGGUGGCACUGCUGCAGGAGUUUGCCUCCCGGCCACUGGGUGUGGCCCCCCAGGUGGAGCUCCAGGGCCUCCAGGUGCCACCAGGCUCGCCGGGGGCUCAGAAGUGGGUGUCCCGCUGGGCCAGCCUGGCUGACGGCUACUCAGAGCCGGGCCUCCCAGACGACAGCUUGGGGCGCAGAGCCGGGGAGCCCGAGGGGGCCCUGCCUGUGCGCACACGCCGACGACUCCCUCAGCUGCCCAGUGACAGGGCCGGCAGCCCCGCGGGCCCCGAGGCCACCAGGAGGAGUGGGCCCGGGCCCCCAGAGCCGGGCGUCGAGCAGGCACGCCACCUCGUGGGCCAGGAGGACUUGGACCCCGACAGCCUCAGUGACGCCAGCGGGUCGGACGGAGGCCGCGGGCCCGAGCCAGGGACAGAGCCCCAGGCGAGACAGCGGAGCCCCCAGGAGGGGCCAGUGUGGAGCAGGGGGCAGCGCUCGCCAAGGACCCCCGGGGAGCUGGCCCCCACCUCUUUCUUCAUUGGGGACCAGAACGGGGAGCUUGCUGUCCCCAGGAAAGCGCGUGUGGCCGCGGGGGAGGCGGAGGGCCCAGGGCGGGCGGCCCAGCCCAGCACCCCUGUCUGCGGCAGCGCCAGCGGGCGGAUGCUCGUCCAGCUGCAGCCUGGCCGGGCCCCCGAGCCCCACGGCCCCGGCCCGGCCCCACCCACGGAGGCCCUGGCCUUUGCCCGGCAAGAGAGCUUCACCAAGGAGCCAGCCAGCGGCCCCCCAGCGCCCGGCAAGCCCCCCCACAUCGCUAGCCACCCCCUCCUGCAGGACCUGGCAGCAGCCCGGGCCUCACGCGCGGACCUCCACGCCCAGGACACCCACCUGAUCCUGAAGGAGACCGAGACGGCCCUGGCGGCCCUGGAGGCCCGGCUGCUCUCCAGGUCUGCGGACGCGGAGCGCGAGGAGGGCAGCACCCCCCGGCCGCCAGACUCCCUGUCCGGGGACUCGGACGUGGACACGGGCAGCACAGCCAGCCUGCUCAGCGGCAGGAAUGGGCCAAGCCCGACGACCCCUCACACCCUGGGUCCACCGAAGAAGACGCCGUCCCCGCCAGCAGCACAGGACGCGGGAGGUGCCGUCCUGGGUGGCACCCGAGAGCGGCUCUCAGAGAAGCAGCAUCGCCCGCUGGGCCAGGCAGACACGGCCCGCGGAGAGCUGGUGCGGCGCCCGUCCGUGCGGCGCGGCCGUGGGCCCCGGGGGUCCCUGGACUGGCCCGAAGAGGAGCGUGGCUGUGGGCCCACCCCCCCACCGAGCUCGGACGCGGUUGCCUCCAACCACGAAACCUCCGAGUCCACCGGGGCAGGGCGGCCAGGGCCUCGCCGGAAACCUGUGGCGCCCCCGCCGUCCCCAGCUGCCCGCGAGGAGCAGGGCCGCAGCUCAGCGGGCACCCAGAAGGGGCAGCAGGCCCUGACCCGCUCCAACAGCCUGUCCACCCCGCGGCCCACGCGGGCCUCCCGGCUCAGGCGGGCCCGGCUGGGGGACGCCUCAGACACCGAGGCCGCGGACGGUGAGCGGGGUGCUCCAGCCACCCCGGAGCCGGCAGGCCGGCCAGCCGCUGAGCAGACCAAGAAGCUGUCGCGGUUGGACAUCCUGGCCAUGCCCCGGAAGCGGGCUGGCUCCUUCACGGGGCCCAGCGACCCUGAGGCAGCCCCUGCCCGCUCCAGCUUCUCCGGCCGCAGCGUCGAGUUGUACUGUGCCAGCCGCAAGCCCACCAUGGCCGAAGCUCGGGCCGCUGCCAGGAGGGCCGCUGCCACGGCCUCCACCACGGGCCCCCGCCAGCCCUUCAGCAGAGCCCGCUCGGGCAGCGCCAGAUACGCCUCCAACACACGCCGCCGGCAGCAGGGCUCGGAUUACACGUCCACCUCCGAGGAGGAGUACGGCUCCCACCACGGCUCCCCCAAACACACACGCUCCCAUGCCCCAACAGCCACGCAGCCCCCGCGGGCUGGCAGCUCCAGCCGGGCACGGUCCCGGGCCCCCGCCCCCCGGGACACAGAUGACGAGGAGGAGGCUGACCACUAUGGUUUCAUCGUGCAGACGGCAGAGAUCGCGGAGAUUGCAAGGCUGAGCCAGACGCUGGUAAAGGACGUGGCCAUCCUGGCCCGGGAGAUCCACGACGUGGCUGGGGACGGUGACUCGCUGGGCGCACCGGGGCCCGCCCGCAGCCCCUCCCUCGGCAACAUGCCCAGCACCCCCGCCUCGACCAUCUCUGCCCGCGAGGAGCUGGUGCAGCGCAUCCCUGAGGCCAGCCUCAACUUCCAGAAGGUGCCACCCGGCUCGCUGAGCUCUCGGGACUUGGACCAGAACAUGAACGACACCUGUGAGGACGCCCUGGCCAACAGGACGAAGCCACGGAACCGAGAGGAGGUGAUCUUCGAUAACCUGAUGCUGAACCCGGUGUCCCAGCUGUCACAGGCCAUCCGUGAGAACACGGAGCAGCUCGCCGAGAAGAUGAAGAUCCUCUUCCAGAACACGGGCCGAGCUUGGGAGGACCUGGAGGCCCGGAUCAACUCGGAGGACGAGGUGCCCGUCCUGAAGACGUCCAACAAGGAAAUCAGCUGCAUCCUGAAAGAAUUGAGGCGGGUACAGAAGCAGCUGGAAGUGAUCAACGCCAUCGUGGACCCCAGUGGGAACCUGGACCUGCUCACAGGAAACCGGGGCUCUGUGGGCUCGGCCCAGCCUGGGCUCGGGAAGGGCCGCGUGGCCGCCCACAGCCCGUCCUCGCCCCCCUCGGCAGAGACCCUGCUGCCAGCCCUGCCCCUGAGGAGCUUCCCGCCGCGGGCCAACUGUGGGCCCCCCGGCCUCCCGGAACCCACCUUCCUCCCUGACGCCCAGCGGUUCCUGAUCUAGGGCUCAGGACCCGGCCAGGCCAGCCUCCUGUCCAGCCCCCGGCCCCUGCCCGGCGCAGUGGUUCUCCCUGAAGACCCCCACACGUGCCAUAGCCCCAUGGGCAGGCGCCUCCCACGCCCGGGCCCCUCCUCAGCCCCCAGCCAGCACCCAACCACGUCCAGCCCCUGUGGCCACCCUGCCCACGCGGGCCUCUGGCCCAGCGCCUGCUGCGGCCACUGCCAAGGGCAAGCCCCCGGGGCACGCACCCGCCUCCUUUCCAUCACUGUUACUUUUGUCUUUAGCUUUAAAGGAAAGAGUCGUUUGUGCCAUGGCAGCAGCCCCUCCAGGGCUCACCGAAACGCCUCCCUGGUGAAGGGCCUGCCCAGCCCCUUGGGGAGGCCCCGCGCACUGGCCUGUCCCGGCCUCGUGUGCUGGGCAGGGAGGAGAGGCUGGCCACGGUCAUUCAGUGCCAAAUGCAGAGCUGGGGAGGGCUCGGCUGUCGCUGGGACUUUGGAGGAAGGCAGGGCACUUGCCCUGGUGGCUCCCACCUGACCCCAGGCCUGGAGCCUGGGCCAGGCCGGUGGCCCGUGGAGAUGUUUGGGGCAGGGACCCCACUGCUUUAAGCCUUUGGUGCCAACACAACUGCCAAACCCAUUGAGCUUAGGGUUGCCCAGUGGAACCCUAGUGAGCGUGGGCCGGGCUGGGCCAGAGCAGGGCCAGGUGCACAGGUGCACGCAGGUGGGGAGACCGUGCAUCCGCGCAGUUAGCCUGGGCAUUCUGAGGGGCCGCGGGGCAUGUCCCAGCCAGGCACCUCGGGCCCCUUCGCUGGGCUUUUCUGGUGGGUCUGGGUGCGGGGCUGGGGCAGCCCUCUCAGGCGGAGGCGAGAGCUGGACCAAAGUGAGUGGGAAGCAGGUUGCCAGGGGCUCCCGCUCGGUGCCCAGACAGCACGGCCCCUCCGGCCUCGCCCCGCCCUCCCGUGGGCAUUAAGUGGGCACCUGCAGCCUCGUGGGGGCAGGGACGGGCCCCGGAACGGUUGUGUUUUCUCAGGAUCCUCUCAGCUGGGAACAUGCCAGGUGGGCAGAGCGUGGCCCCUCUGCUGUGCCCCCCACGCCCGGGCGGCCGGUGUUGCUGGAGUCUCUAAGCCAAAGAGCCGGUCGGCGGCCGGGUGAGCUCCACAGCCCUCCUGCCACCUGCGAGAGCCGGGCCUGGGCAGGGCCAGCGGGGGAGGAAUGUGCGGGGCCCUGUUUACACUCAGCUGGUGGGGUCCCCACGCCUGUGCCCCUGCAGCCCGCCCGGUGGUUACAGGUGUAGGUGGUGGGUGUCCCGCCCCGUCCCCAGCCCCAGAGCCUGCUGUCCACACGGAGGAGGUGCUAGUCCAGGUGGUGGCCACCCCCGCAUGCCCCGCGGUCGCCCACACAGCCCGCCCUGGCACCUCGAGGCCCUCCCCCUCGCCCAGAACCUCCCCCCACACCCGCCCCUGGGCGACGUCGCACACUUUCUUUUAUUCUCCAAUUACUGCUCCUCCCCAGUCGCGUCCUUUCGUUCCUGCCCCGCCCGCCUCUGACUUGGGAUCGGUAAUUUAUUUGGCUUCCCGGAGGUUUCACUGUACGUUUGUUCUCAGGUGGUCUCGUGGAUGUCUUUCAGAAAAUGGUUAUUUUAUAUGAUUUGUCAUGGAAUUUGUUCUAAUAAAUCAUUCUUCUAUCACACGGCA